AUGAGUUCAGCAAAGCCCUACAUUGGCUGUAGAAUUGGCUUAAUUUCCAAAGCUCAAAAUCGUUAUGAGGGAAUCUUGUACACAAUUGAUAAAGUCAAUUCCACAGUAGUUCUGGCAAAAGUUAAGUGUUUAGGGACGGAGGGACGACCUACAGACCGACCGACGCCGCCCAGAGAUGACGUCUAUGAUUACAUCACUUUCCGGGGGAGUGAUAUUAAGGAUAUUGUUCUGUGUGAGCCUCUGAGAUCUCACAGUGGCCUACCUCCUGAUCCGGCUAUCAUUCAGUCGAGUGCAGGCUCAGCGUAUGUGCAGCCACACCCAACUGUAGCCCCUUUUAGUCCUGUAAGGAUGCCUCUCUACAACACGCUUGGUGCAAACGCUCUGAUUAAUCAGCAGUAUGCUGCAGCUCUUGGCUACGCACCUAGGCAGAGGCAAGGCUUCCAGGAACAGCAGGGGAAAGGAGCCACAGAGGACUGGGGGGAGAAAGCACCCAAAUCAGAAACAAGGACAACUCCAGAGGUAUCCGCUACCCAGCAGGAAAAAUCUCAACCAAAGACUGGAAAUAACAGGCCGGCACCCACAGGAAGACAAGGAGCUCGUAGGCGCAGGGUCCGUAAUAGAGGCCAGCUGAUGGUACCAAAAGUUCCAUUUGCCACCCUUAAGUUUGACACAGACUUUGAUUUUGACUUGUCAAACGCCCAGUUCAAUAAGGAGGAGCUACAGCGGGAGAUCCAGGACAGACUGAAAAUAAGAGAUGAAAAUGAGGAAGACGGGGAACUGGAUUCUGAUGCAGAGGCUAAUGCCAAUGGCCUAAAAUGCUACUACAACAAAGCAAAAUCUUUCUUUGACAACAUCUCAUCUGAUAACUUCAGAUUAACAUGGGCAGAGGAGCGGAAGCGCAAUCUGGAGACCUUUGGGGUUGCUGGCCGGUUUCUGAAGAGUCGGGGUUUCCGAAGUGGGCACACUGGAAGAAGAGGUCGAGGAGGUGCUAUUAGAAUGCCGAGUGGACGGCUGUAAAGGUUUUGAAUUGUGUGCAUUGAUGCCAGCAGUGUGUUGGUAAAUGCUGCCUCAUGAUAGACAUUGAAACUUGUUCAACUUGAGGCUUUUCUUGAUCUUCAUAAUGAAUCUUUUCAACCCUAACUGAGUUUAUUGCACAAGUUUUCUCUUGCCUUCAAGCUACUGGCUUAAAGCUUAUUUUCUGUUAUUCCCAAUAAUUAACUCUUUCUGUUGCUUGAAGACUUAAUUUCUCAAUAGUUUGGUAGAUUUAUAAAUCUAAUUUUCUUUGAAUAGUGACCCCCCCCACCACCACCCCUGAAUGUGUUGUGAAUGUCGACAUGUGACCUUAAACUGCUCAAUGUGCAUGGUUUCCUUUGUCUCUGAAGCAGUAUGUAAAUAAACUAAUUCCCAAAU